GUUUUUCGGUCCAUGCCUGCACAAAGCGACAGUUGCAAACUCAGCUCAUAUCCGUACGCUCAUGUUUCUUUGACUUGAAGGACCAACAUUAAGCGAACGCUUUCCAUCAUGUUCGAAAACAACAGCAACUGUAGCCUGGCAGAUUUGAGAUACCCUCUCUUCAAAAUCACCUACAGCCUGGUGCUGGCACUGGGGCUUCCUCUCAAUGCAGUUGCUCUCUGGAUGUUUUUGCGUCGUCUAUGCAGGAGUAUAUCUGUUCCUGUUAUCUACAUGACAAACCUGGCAUUGUCUGACUUGCUCUUCGUGCUGUCGUUGCCAUUCCGCAUCCUCUACUUCUCUACGGGACGCUGGACCCUGGGUGACGUGGCCUGCAUGAUCCCGGGAACGCUCUUUUCUGUCAACCUCUACUCAAGUUCAUUCUUCAUCAUGCUGGUCAGUGUGGACCGAAUGCUGGCCUUGGCUUACCCCCUGCGCUCCCGUUCAGUUCGCACUCCCACAGUGGCCUGGAUCACCUGUCUGGCUGUGUGGAUAGUCAUCGGUACUCUGGCUGUGCCUGUGGCUCUGAACCACCGAGCCAACAACGACACGCAGUGCGGAGUGCAACGCUGCUUCGAACACUACAGCGAAGAGAACUGGCGCUUUGGCUUUUUCAUCCUUUGCAUUGUGACCACUGUAGGGAUACUUCUGCCUUUCUGCAUCAUCUUGGCCUGCACCGUGGUGGUCGUCCGGCAGUUGCGAGGGAUAGCCGUGACUUCGGCAUUACCCUCUUCCACUGAGGUCAGCAUAAAGAUGGUGUGGCUCCUUCUGUCCAACCUUCUGAUCUAUGCCAUCUGCUUCAUCCCCUUCCAUGCUGUCUUCAUCCUCUAUGGCUUGCAAAAGCUGAAUGUCUUCCAGUACUUUCACAACUUAUUAACUGUACAAACAGUGACCAUGUGCUUGGCCAGUACAAACAGCUGCCUGGACCCGCUUGUUUACUACUUUAGCACCAGGAGCCUGAAGAGGAAGAAUUCAUGUGACUCACAGAAAACAAAAGACCAUAAAACAUGCCAAACCUAUUAUUCAAUUCCCUUGAGAGGACUACCUGAAGACUGAUUUGCUUGCUCUAACAGACCAAGUAAACCUGGCAAUUAACAGGUGAGAUCAAUCAGGUUUUCUUGAGCAGGUCAAGCACCAAACUGUGCACGAACCAACUCCCCUCGAACUAGAAUUGGACUGGAACUUUGCCAUCAAGUCCACUGAAACAGUUCAGAUCAUAGCCUGAUCGUAGACUUGCAUUGCCUGUCUUUGUUGUUUCUUAUCGCUGAAUCAGAUUUGCAACCAAGACUGUUAAACUGACCUGAAUUGGUUAAAAACACCAGCAGCAACACCACCACCACCAUCACCACAUAGCACAACACAGACACACUUGCCUAAGUUGGUCCGGUACAUUGUCAUCAUUGUCUGCAAAAUAUUAAUCUCUCUUCAGUCCUACCACCUAUAAGGUACAAUAAUUGUUGUGUAUCAUUCCUGUUUUCUAUCUUUAUAUAAGAUUGUUCAGUUAACCGAUGCUUUUAGAAACUUAAACAUGUUUUUUAUUUUAACUGUGUAGCAUGUGCUUGCUCUGGUGUUAGUUCAAGACCAUUAUAAGCUACAAAAAAUGUAUAGGAGAAAAAAAAAUAUUUAUACAUUUAAUUAUGUAAAACUAUUAAAAAAAUAAAAAAAAACUUUUAAAAGUAUCCUGAGCUUUCUACAGACAUUUGUCAUGGGCACGAACCACCCAGUGGUCAGCAGUGCUGCUGCUAAUGGGCUGUUAGACUGUAAGUUAUUUAAAAAAAUAAUAAUUUGACAUAAUAUUUAGAUCAAGCUCAUUGAUUGGUCUAAUAUUGUAUAGUUACAUGACCAACAAAGCUUAUAUUUCACAAUAUAAGGUACUGUGUCAAUUUGAGCCUUCCAAUCAAUUUGCUAGUCUGCAUUAAAUGUUGCACUAUAUUUCUUUAGUUUUAAAUGUCAGAUUCAAUUUCCGUGUGGGCUGCAAAAAUUUGUGGUGGGUUAAGUGGGCCGCUGGUUGCAAAUGUCUGAGAACCCCUGUACUAAGCAAUCUGCUAAAGUACUAAUCUCAAAACAGACUUCAGAAAAAGAGCUAACAAUUCAAAAUCUCCUUCACUGAUGUUGUUAAAAGAGUAAUGCAUGAAAGGACUAAAGAUUUGUAUGUGGUUGACAAACAUUUUGGUAGUGCUUCCUAAGAAUCCAGUAUUUAUAAGCAUUAUACAUUAAUUUAUAAUUAAUGAUGUGCUAUGCAUUAUAUCUUAUAUUGGUUGUCAUAAACUUUUAUAGUAAAUUGCAAGUACUUAAUGAAAGUGAAAUAUAUACAGCUCUGGAAAAAAUUAAGAGAUCACUUCAGUUUCUGAAUCAGUUUCUCUGAUUUUGCUAUUUAUAGGUAUAUGUUUGAGUAAAAUGAACAUUGUUGUUUUAUACUAUAAACUACAGACAACGUUUCUUUCAAAUUCCAAAUAAAAAUCUUGUCAUUUUGAGCAUGUAUUUGAUAAACAUGAUAAAGGCUGAAGAAAAAAAGAUGCAGGGCUUUCAGUUUCCUUAAAUAAUACAAAGAAAACAAGUUCAUAUUCAUUAAGUUUUAAGAGUUCAGAAAUCAAUUUUUGUUGGAAUAACCCUGUUUUUAAUCACAGUUUUAAUGCAUCUUGGCAUGUUCUCUUACACACUGCUUUUGGAUAAUGUUAUGCCACUCCUGGUGCAAAAAAGCUUGGUUUCAUCUUCAAUUCGUUAAAAUCAAAGAAACUCAUAAUUUUUAACUGGCCUUUUGUUUUUUAUACAGAGCUGAAAUUUGUUAUAUACAGUACAAGUAUGUGUCUUUAUAAAGGCAGGUUUGUUCCAUGCCCUUCAAAUGUAACAGCAUUAGUAAAACACAUCUUUACUUAAAGCCAGUAAAGAAAGAGCACUCAUAAUGCACUUUAUAAAGGCUUUCAUAUGAAAUUUCUUCCACAUCUAAAAGGCUUGUAGGAAUUCACUUUACUUAAAGCCAUGACCCUGCAUAAUGCUUUUAAAUGUGUUAUAUAUAUAUAUUUUAUAUAAAACUGUGAAAUGUUUCAGAACCCAAACCUAUUUUAUAGUGUAUUAUAGCAUGUGCAAUAUGUACAAUGUUCUUAUAAGGCAUUAUGAACCCUGUCACAUACUUGUACUCUACUGUAUCCUAUAUUAUGUAACUAUAUAUAUUUGUGAGGAUUUAUACAAGCCAUUGAAAGCCAUUAUGAGAUAAAUAUGUAUGCUAUGUAAAUAUUAAUUAUAUUUCUAAAUACAUUUAUAAUGCAUUAUAAAUACAGGAUUCAUAGGAUACAUUACCAACUUUUUGUUCAUAGUUUGAAAAAGGCAGACUCUAAACUUUAUAACCAUGACUUGCAGAAGCACAUGUAACAUGGUAUGCACUUGCAAACAGUGGGCAUGGGUAUAACACUGUUACAGUCUGCAGCUGCCAAAGUUGGUUAAAACCACAAGGCCUGUGGAAUUUCCUAUGUUAAGAUGCAGCAUAUGGGUCCAAUCAACCAUGGCUGAAACGGUUUCUCUUGUUUCAGCUAUUUAAACCUUACUUGCUUUUGUUUAUUAAUAUAAUUUGGGUCACACAAUUUUACAAUGUCAGUGAGUGACCCAACAUUCCUCCUCAAAUCAUUCUCAGCUAAUGCACAAAUGCUCAGUAAUCAGUGCAAUACUCUAUAGACAUUGAUAUUGAAAGGAUAUUUCAGCACCAGCCAUUAACAAUUUAAUGUUGAUUACAAUUGUUGUACAUAAUAUUUUUAUUUGUAGUGUGAUGUGUAAGUAUUCAGGAUGCACCUUUUAACCCCUGUAGCAUGUAGUUGUUAUUUUAUUUAACACAUUAAAAAUGCUUUGCUAGUAAAACUUUCAGAGACUAGACAUAAUGUGAAAUUGGUACUUCCUGUGUCUUUUUAGUUCCAUGCAAAAGUAGCAUAAUUUAUUGAAGUGUAAUUAUUGCAAAAUAGCUUGAUCAGUACGCAAUAAUUAUUGACUGGGUUUAUCAAAAUAAGAAAAAAAACACGAUUUAAUCUGGUAAUCUUCUCGAUAUUUACAAACAUAAUGUUCUGUACGUACAAAGUGCAUUGAGGUAUUAAAGCAGCCAUAUAUGCUUUAGCUAUAUUUCAAUACUCCAAUACACUUUUUGUUAAAUUCAGGGUGAUCUGACAAAAGCAUUAGCUAUUUACUCUUCCCUACAUGCAAAGAUUCAGAUCACUUUAAAGGGAACAGAAUUUGACAUUGACAUUUAAACACAUCUAUAUGUGAGUGAGCUCAAUAAUGCUGGUUUAUACUUCUGCAUCAAGUCAACAUAGAAUCUAUGAUGUAACUUGCACAAGUGGCUGACGACCUUAUGGUCAUUUAUUCUUGGAAAACCUGCAUUGCUCCGCGGUUUAACGGCGAAGACAAGGAUGUGUAGGUGUUGCUGAUGCGUUGUGCAAUGCGUCAUUCAAUUUUUAGAGAGGUGCACAACAUGGCUACACCAUAGAUUUGACCCAAAAGUAUAAAAUGUUUGUGCAACCAAUAAAUUAUGGUAUUUCUAUAUAUGAUAGAUUGUUUGUACACUGUAUAUUAGCAUGUAUUGUGGGAUUGUUACAGUGCACUGAAAAGUUGCCACUACACAAACAAAUUAUUGCACUAUUUAGUGAAUAGAGCACAGUUUUGGACACAAUUGAAACCUUAAAGAGAGACAGCCAAGAAACAGCCAUUAAAGGAAACACCUGACAAACACAAAGGCUGAAUAGAACUUCUUAGAUCAAGCAAAGAGAAAGACGUUUGUAAACACAGGUAAAGCAUUUGAAUGGUGAAGAGGCCUAUAAAUGAAAUGCAUGAAAAGGGAUCAGUAUGUAGCUCUAUUUCUGUUCUAGUGUUACCUGAGUAAGAUUGACUUUUUUGCUGUUUCCCAGUCAGUAUUGUUUUGUCCCACUUUCAAAUGUUUGUGAUAUGUGUGGGAUUAUCAUAACUAGUUUGUUUUGUUUUUAAAGUCAGUUUGUUAACUCACAAUCGCAAGCUCAGUGUCAUUACCUUGUCAAAUCAUUUAAAUUAAUUUGGGAUGGAGAGAGGGGUGUGAUGCUUUGCUUUGCUUUGCUUUCUGUAACAAAUAUUUUACAGAUCUCAAUGCUUACUGGGCAGAUCUUCCAACAAAUGAAAGUUGCAUUUGCUAGUUAACCAUCUUGUAAUUAUACAACUUUCUGUUGAGCAUUUGAAGACAGCAUUCAAGUCCAGAGUCAAUUCAGUUACACAGGAAA